AUGAAGGGCUCCCUGGUUCUCCCUCUAGCUCGCUGUCUCCUCCCUCUGCUCCUCCUGGUGUCCACCGGCGUCUCAGGAGAAGUGUCUCAGUUUUCUGUGAGGGGGCCAGCUGAGCCCAUCAUGGUCCUGCUGGGGACUGAUGCCACCCUGCCCUGCCAGCUGUCACCUGUACAGAGUGCAUCCCGCAUGCACGUCCGCUGGUAUCGUGCCCAGCUCACCCCGGCUGUGCUGGUGUUCCACGACGGACAGGAGCAAGAGGAUGUGCAGAUGCCGGAGUACCAAGGCAGGGCCCAGCUGGCGAGAGACGCCAUCGCCACAGGAAGUGUGGCUCUGCAGAUACAGCAGGUCCAGGCCUCUGACGAUGGCCUCUAUCACUGUCUAGUCACAUAUGGCUUCACCUCCCAAGAGGCCACCGUGGAGCUGCAUGUCAUAGGGUUAGGCUCUGCCCCUCUUGUUCGAAUGACAGGGAUUGAGAACAAUGGGAUCCGAGUGUCCUGUUCCUCAAGUGGCUGGUUCCCAAAACCCACCGUCCAAUGGAGAGACCCUUCAGGGAACACCUGGAGAGACCCUUCAGGGAACACCCUACCAUCCUUCUCUGAAUCACAGGCCCAAGACAGAGACGGCCUCUUCCACGUGGAAACAUCUCUUUUGGUCACAGACAGAGCUGUGGGUGACGUGAUCUGCUCCAUCCAAAAUCCCCUCCAUGACCAGGAAAAAGCAAAGACCAUCUCCCUCCCAGAACCCUUCUUCCCCAGGAACUCUCCAUGGAGAACAGCUCUGGCUUGCUUCCUCCCCAUACUAUUGAUCCUGCUCAGUGGGACCAGCCUUGCUGGCUGGAAGGAACAUCAAGCCAAAAGGCGAGAGGUGGAGAAAAAGUCAGAAGAAUUGCACAAAACGGAUCAGAUGAGGCAGGAAACACACAGUCUUUCCUCUCUUUCAGAUGAGCUCCAGGCCGACCUGGAUCGGCGGAAGGCGCUGUACAAAGAAGAUUGGAAGAAAGCCCUGCUGUACCCUGACUGGAGGAAGGAGCUGUUCCAGCUGGCUCCUGUGAUGAUAAAUCAUGAAGUACCUCACCAGGACAAAUCUGGCCCAAAGACAGAAGAGAGCAGCAGAGAGGAGACAGCAGAUCCAUCCCUCAGCAACCCGCAAGUAGACCACAACAUCAUCACACUGUACCAGGAAGGCUUCAUGUUGGGGAGAUACUACUGGGAGGUGGAUAUUGGGGACACUGAGGAAUGGACACUAGGCGUUUAUGAGCUGUACACUCAGGAUGCACCACCCAGAGACUCAGUGAAGAAAUUCAGAGUCUUGGAGAAGAAGGGAGACGAAUACAGGGCUCUUACCUUCUGUUCCCAAAACGUUUCUCUGGAAGAGGCUCUGCUGCUGGACACUCGUCCACUGAAGAUUGCAAUCUUCUUGGAUCACGAGGACAAUGACCUUUCUUUCUACAACAUGACUGAUGAGACCCACAUCUUCUCCUUCGCCCAGGCCAGUUUCCAGGGAUCACUCUAUCCUUACUUCAAACGUAAUCACAUGGACCUCUCUCCAUCACACAGUCCCAAGUGAUGUGAACAAAGAACUCAAUGGGCAGGUACUGCAGCCCAGGACUCUGGUCCUCCUGGGCAGGCACAGGGACCUCUGGCUGGGAGGCCUCUUACCUGAGACUCUGUGAGCCUCUGUGGCCAGUUUCUAGACAUCAAGAUUCUCAGACUAUUGGCAAAGAAGACAGUUUGUGUUGUGCAUGGUGUUAUGAUUGUUAAUAGUCUUCCUUUCUUUUUUUGAUAUAAAUCUGUUUAAAUAUUCCUAAGAUAAAUUAAUCCAUGGCUUCUUGAAUCUGAUGGCACAUUUGCUCCCUGCUUAUACACCAGUGGCACCACCACCAUCAUCAUCAUCAUCAUCACCAUCACCACCACCACCAUCACCAUCACCACCAUCACCAUCAUCA